AUGCAGACGCUCGCCGAGCUCCCGCCACUGCCUCACUACGCCUCGCUCAAGCCCACGCCGCGCUCGACGCCCGCCAUCGCCGCCCUCGAGGCGACCAUCGGCUCGCUGUACCGCGUCACGGUCGCCCACACCUCGCGCCAGUUCCUCGGCACGUUCGUGUGCAUCGACCCGCAGGGCAACCUCGUCCUCGACGCGGCGCUCGAGCUCGAGCUCGACAGCGAGGGGAGGGUCGUCAGCGACCCGCGCGGGCGAGAUGUCGGGCUUGUCCUCAUUCAGCGCAGGUGGUGGACCAAGGUCGAGCGGCUCAAGUCGGACGAGGAGCUGAGGGAUGAGCUCGUGCGGGCGCAGCAGGCCGAGGCGCAGGGCUGUGCGCCGUCGUGAGCGGGUGAUCACGCGACUGGGCUCGGAAGCAGGACACGAUAAACGCCGACGCGGCACCAAGGCCUGCCGACACCCGCUCGACGACGCGCCGACCACAACCGCCCCACCGCCUGAACCGCCGCGCCGUCGCCCAAACCGGCAGUACGACCUCUCCUGCGCCAGCUCGCCUUUCUCGUCGAGCUCGCCGACGAGACGGCAGGCGUCAUCGCUUUCGAAGCGCGGCGCUCGUCGACGGCCGAGGAGGGUGCGGGAGCGAAGACUGGCUCUCAAGUACGGUGCGAGACGGCACGCCGGUCGCUCGACGAGCAGAGCGGGCACGAUGGCACGAGAUACGUUGUCGGGGCGGAACUGGUCGUGCGAGGAGUGCAAGGGAGACCGUGCGCCGUC